AUGAAAUGCCUGGAGGAGCAAGUGCCAAAUCUGGAAGCAGAUAGGUCUGCGCUUGAAGCUAGGGUGGAGAACUUGGAGAAUGCCUUACGCAACUCCAGCGCGCUCAAAGCUACGGUGAAGAGCUUGGAGAACGCCUUACGCAAAUCCAGGCUGCACAACCGCAAUCUGCGGCAGGAAAACAUGAAGUUGCGGUCCAACAAUGCUGGUCAGUGUUUCAAGCUGAGAUAGUGUGCUCUAUCGAAUGAAAGAAUCGCUGACGAAACUGGUAUGCCUUUCGAAGACGAAAAAGACGAAUAA